AGCUAAACGUUCGUUUUUCUCCAGGGGAACACCAACGCCACAAACAAAGAGUUUUGCUUCGUUUCAUUUCCUUCAUUUCUCAUAGCCCAAAUCGAAGAACAGAGGAAAGAAUGAAAGGAGGAUUGGUUGUUGAUAGGGGAUUUAUAUACGAAGAGGAGAAGCAUCUCACAGUGCUUAAAACCUCUUUGUUCUUUGCUAAUGAUGGCUUCACCGUCUACGAUUGCAAAGGCCAGUUAGUCUUCCGAGUUGAUUCUUACGGCCCUGAUACCCGUGACAUCGGUGAAGUCGUUCUCAUGGACGCCCACGGCCGUUGUCUUCUCACCGUGAGAAAAAAGAGGCCGAGUCUACAUCAACGGUGGGAAGGCUAUCUAGGAGAAAGAACAGAGGGUCAGAAACCAGUCUUCAGCGUGAGAAGAUCAUCAAUAAUCCGACGGUGCAGCGUGGCCGUAGAAGUGUAUAGGAAUCCAGGGGAAGAGUACCAGAUAGAAGGGUCCUUCGCCAGUAGAUGUUGCACAAUCUUGAACGCAGAGAAGGAAUCAGUGGCUGAAAUCAGACGCAAAGUGGAUGUUUCCACAAACGUGGUGCUGGGCAAGGACGUUUUCUCACUCUGCCUAAAGCCUGGGUUUGAUGGGGCGUUUGCGAUGGGAUUAGUUCUUGUCCUUGAUCAGAUCAACGGUGAUGAUUAUGUAGAGUAUGGAGCUGAAGUGUACCCGACAGCAGAUGAAUAGUGGAUUCAUGAUUGUGGAGGGUGAUCUUUGGGUUGGCGGACUUAUCUGUUGAUGGGGAAAUCACUUUUGUUUUAUUAUAAUUUUUUUUUUAUGUAAAUCUAUAUAAAGAAACCCUGAAAAGAAAUUAGAGAAAUUUUCUACAACUUGUAUGUUAAUAUGGAAAUAAUUAAUGAUCCCCUCUCGUUGAGCA